CAGCUGUUUCCCAUCACCUCAUCCAAAAUACGUCAAGGUGCGCAGCCACGAAAAUCGGGCAAGGCGAGCUGCACGCCAGAUUUGUAGUCAUUUUUUAGUCGCGUUUCGCUAGGGGUGAUAAAACGGUGGUGAUCGUUAAUCAAUUCUCGGACAUUUCAAAUUAUGUAUUUCGAUGUCAAGGUUAUAAAAUUCCACAGUGUGCACACAUAAUUAGAGUUGUGUGGUUGCCUGUAGGGCUCCAGUGAUCCUUGAAAAUAAACAGCUGCAACAUCUAUCCACACGGUUGCCACAAACCCAGUUUAUACAUGCUUUUUCAAUGUUUCCCACUGGAUACUGUUACCCAAUUAGCUAUUUAGCAGCUAGCUGCUAGUCGUCGCGAAGUGUAUUCAACAAGUUUACGGGUUUUCGUGUUCAACAUCAAAGAAAUUGAGUGUUUUCUGGAUACAAGUGUAGUCGGCAACAGCGCUUCUCCCAAUCCAGAAACAGGGGACUAUCCAAGACCGGUGGCCGUCUUGAUCGUAAAUGAUCCCGUCUCUGUCCUAUGAGCCCCUGAAUUUAUCCAGGCCAUUUGGAAGUGGCGGCCAAAUGAGAUCGCUCAAGGGUGGCAUUCCGUGAUCCACCCUUCAGUGGCCACCCGUUUCCCCAUAGAUCAAAUAAGUGGCGGGAGACACGGGUAGACUUCGAGAUGGCGGAUCUAGAGGCCGUGCUGGCCGACGUCAGCUACCUGAUGGCGAUGGAGAAGAGCAAAUGCACACCAGCAGCCAGAGCUAGCAAAAAGAUUGUAUUACCUGAUCCAAGUGUCCGUAGUGUGAUGCAUAAGUAUUUAGAGAAGAAAAACGAAGUGUCUUUUGAUAAGAUCUUCCAUCAAACAUUAGGUUACCUAUUAUUUAAGGAAUUCUGCGAGAGUAUGGAUCCACCCUCACAACAAAUUGUAUUUUAUGAACAGAUAAAGGAGUAUGAAAAACUGGAAUCGCAUGGAGAGCGACAGGAAAAAUCCAAAGAAAUUUACGAUAAUUUUAUUAUGAAGGAGCUCUUAGCACGGACGCAUGAGUAUUCAAAAGAGGCCCUUCAACACGUUCAGGAUCACCUCAUCAAGCAACAAGCACCUGCGGCGGUCUUUGAGGUAACUAUAGUCGAAACUUCGAAUCGACUUUAUCACCAAAGUAAUAAUACGGCAUUUUUUAGGGAGAUUAACUUUAUGUGGCAUUUUGGUAUAUUUUUUUUGUUUUGCUCCCCGGACGUUUUGACUGCAUUUCUAUUUGAGAUCUUCAAAAGCGAUACAUAUUUUUCAUUUCAGUUAUCAAUGAACGACUUCAGCGUGCAUCGCAUUAUCGGGCGAGGCGGUUUUGGCGAAGUAUAUGGAUGCCGAAAAGCCGAUACGGGAAAGAUGUACGCGAUGAAGUGCCUGGAUAAAAAACGCAUCAAGAUGAAACAGGGCGAAACUUUGGCGCUCAAUGAACGUAUCAUGCUUAGCUUGGUUUCUACUGGACAGGACUGUCCGUUUAUCGUUUGUAUGACAUACGCUUUUCACACUCCGGACAAGCUUUGUUUUAUCUUGGACUUAAUGAAUGGCGGCGAUCUGCAUUACCACCUGAGUCAGCAUGGAGUCUUCGCCGAACAGGAGAUGCGUUUCUAUGCUUCCGAGGUAAUAUUAGGCCUAGAACAUAUGCACCGCAGAUACAUCGUGUACAGAGAUCUGAAGCCUGCUAACAUCCUUUUGGACGAGCACGGACAUGUGCGGAUUUCCGAUUUGGGACUUGCCUGUGAUUUCAGCAAAAAGAAACCCCAUGCCAGUGUGGGCACUCAUGGGUAUAUGGCGCCCGAGGUCUUAUCUAAGGGCACCCCAUAUGACUCAUCAGCAGACUGGUUUAGCUUCGGUUGCAUGCUGUAUAAAUUGCUCAAAGGACACUCGCCAUUUCGCCAGCACAAAACAAAAGACAAACAUGAAAUUGAUAGGAUGACUCUUACAAUGAACGUCGAGCUUCCGGAUUCGUUUUCGAGAGACCUCAAGUCAUUGUUAGAAGGCCUAUUACAGAGGGAUGUGGAUAAAAGGUUGGGCUGUAGAGGCGCAGGUUCAGAUGAAGUAAAGGCACAUUCGUUCUUCAGCGGCCUAGAUUGGAGCCAAGUGUACAAUCAAAAAUACACCCCACCUUUAGUACCACCUAGAGGGGAAGUUAAUGCUGCGGACGCCUUUGACAUUGGUUCCUUUGAUGAAGAAGACACCAAAGGAAUUAAAUUGACUGAUGCGGACCAAGAGCUUUAUAAGAAUUUUCCGCUAGUCAUUUCCGAACGAUGGCAAAAUGAAGUUGCCGAAACUGUAUUUGAAUCUGUCAAUCAAGAAGCCGAUAAGAAUGAGCGUAAAAAGACGAAGCAAAAGAAACCUUAUGAUGAUGAAAAAGAGUCAGAUUGUAUUCUUCACGGCUACAUUAAAAGGUUGGGAGGACCGUGGUCAGCUUCCUGGCAAUUGCGUUAUGCCAAAUUGUAUCCAAAUAGAUUAGAAUUGUAUCCGGAAGGGUCUCGCCCUGAAAUGAUUUUAAUGGAUCAAAUAGAAGAAGUAGCAUCCGAAUUACAAAGUGUCAAAAAUGAAAGUUGUAUAGUAUUAAGAAUGCACGCGCUAAAGGAUGGGAAAAAAGACAAGGUUACCCUAACCAAUCCGGACGAGAUUGGAUUGAAAGAGUGGCUUCAGUCGCUAAGAGCCACUCACAAAAAGAGCCAAGAAUUGCUGGCGUCAAUGACCGGCAAGGUUGGUAAAAUCUACGGUACCGACAGCAACAAUAAGAACAACCAGGCUAUUAUCCAACCCAAAAGUGCCAACGGGAACUGAGACUCGCUUGUUUAUAGUGAUUUACAGAUAGCCAUAAGAAUCGUCGUCAAAGAUACUCAAUCUUCUUUAAAGAUGAGAUGAGUACAGUUUCAGUGGCAUCACGGAAACAUGACGGAAAUGGGGAAAGAGGGGCCAUUGAACGCAAGUGAAUCUAACUCUGAUCAGUAUUGUCUAGAAUUCACAGAGUUUUGCUGUUUUUCUUUAAUCAUCUCACGUUAUCUAUACUGGUUGUCAAUGGAGUAAUUUGACUGGUUUAUCUAACCAAGUUUGCAAGACUGCCAAGUUUAGUUCAACUUUUAUAGUGUGGCCUAUAGCUGACAAUAUAUGUUCUGUAGAAAAUUGUAAAUGUGCAUUGUAUUUUAACAAAUAUACGACAAUCUGCAGCGCACAAUUCAGAUUCCUGUUGAGAGAGUGCGAAUACUCCAUAGAUACGGUACAGAUAGCCACAUUUGGAAACGCAACUUUGGUCAUUAAGUAAUUUGAAUUUAAUUUACUGAUAUUUUUUUCAUUAAACAAACGUCAGCUCACUUCUUGAAUGUGCAUUACAGCUUAAUUAUCAAAAGAUAGAUUUUGCUAAGUUUCACAUCGCCUAUACAGUGUGUUACAACUUCGAGGUGUUCGCAUGGGGAUCUAGUAAACCGUAAGAGCGAAGUGGUUUAAAUUAGGGCUAUCUAGAAAAUUCUGGGACUUAAGACUUCAAUUUUUUCUGAGCUAAUAAUAGAAUAAUAAUAGAUCUUUUAAAAUAAUUGUCACAUUAUUGAGACAAUUUAUAAACUGCUCUUUAAAUGGAGCUGCGCCUUGCGGUGCGAAUUAUUUGCCCCUAAUAUGAGUAAUUGUAGGACUCAUUUUUUAUUGCACUCCCAGAAAAGAAAAAUAGCAAGAGUUCAUUACUAAGAAAAUUUUGGGUAUUUCCUUAACAUUAUAAUAUUAUUAAUUACGUGCGUCCUAUUAGGUCGUACUAUAAAACUUCCUAACAACAAUUACUUGUAGAUCAGACAACCCUGAUUUAAAAUGUACUCGGAAAUUUCAAAUUUCUGAAACACCAUUUUGUUCAGCACUAAAAUGUACCCAAUUUUUCGUGUCACUUAUAACUAAGUAUAAGUAACUCUUGUAAACUUACAAGAUCCCAAUGCUAACCCAUCGAAUUUGUAAUAUCCUGUAUGCAAAUUUCUGCAAUGACCUGGCUGAUAGUCUGAUAGUCUGAACAGUCAUACAUUCAUUCUACUAAACCCAAAAGAAACAUACAUAGUUAUAAUUUUUAAUCGUAAGUUCCUUCCCCUCCAGAAAAACUGUAGAAUAGAAUACGCGAGAAUGCCUGUCCUUAUUUCAUGACAAUUUUGUCAGUAUUUGUAUUGUAAAAUUGUAACAAGGAGGGUAGUAUGAGAUCACCUUUUUAGAAAAAUAAACCUAAUUAGCUCGAUAAUUACAGGGCAAAAUUACAAGAAUAUAUUGUAAUUCAUUAAAAAUAGCUAGAUUCUUAUUGGCUGUACCCUUAUGGAAAAUUGGACUGAGGAUUGACUUAGUUCAAAACGAUAGACAAUAUUAAUUGGGAAUGGUUGGGCGUGAAUGUUAAUCUGAGUGCCAAUAAUAUGUGGUCAUGUCCAACGUUAAAAAGGGUAAUGGAUUUUUAUUAACGUUCAGUCCUUAAUUGGACGUCAAUAUUUCCUAUUAAAUUUUCUGCUGUACCAGCAGCAAUUUUUCAACCGAAUUUUACUGCAGUUUGCUUCGUUUUGUUCCGUGUAAAUACGCAACAAUUUCCAUCAAUGGACUUUUAUCAAGGAAAAUUUGUAUUCGCGUUCUAAGAAUAAAUUUUUACAUAAGUGCAAAAAUAGACAUUUUGAUCAUACUACCUACCUAAAUGUAUUUAAAGUGUAUUUAUUAAUUUAUAAUGUAUAAGUAGUGUAUCAUAGACUCAUUUCCUUUUACGGGGUAUCAAGAAACAAUUGAGAUUUUUGUAUUUCCCUAAACAUAGUUUUAAACUUAGACUUUGUAGUGAAACCAGUGUUUUGCGAACAAGGUGAGUUAACAAACUAAACUGUUCUGAUUUCUUAGAUGUAGGUGUCCUAAAAGUGGUCAGUAAAUCUAACGCAUUUUCUUUUAGUAUUAGCCAUUGAUUUCUCUCUCACUAGUCUUUAAUAAUUGGAGUAAUUUUCAUUAUUUAUACUAGUGAAUAUUUUUAAACACACUGCUUCAAAAACAAUGUUUUAAACAGGGUCCAGUUGCUAUUAAAUAAACUAAUUUUACUUCAGUGAUUCAUGUAAAUUAGGGGAAUUAUUAAACAUCGUAAAUACUACCCAUAUAUCGUGUUGGAAUCGAUACUGAUUUGAAAUGUUUCAUGUACUUAGUCUGACAGUAAUAGCCAAAACAAACAAAUAGGAAUAUAAAACGUUUUUUUAUUAUUGUUUCUCAGUUGUUACUUGGAAAAUGUACUAGAAAUGUUUUUAUUUUUUUAAAUAAUGGCCUAGUUGUGAGAUAUUUAGGAAUAGUAGUAGUUCAAGGUAUUGUUUUCCUUAGACACUCUUCGAGAUGGGGCUUAAUGUAGAGACAUGAUCAAAUUUCAGUCUGAUUGUAGGUAUUGCAUUUUAAAAAAAUCUUCAAUAUCCAUAGUAAAUUUUAUAUUUAUGUAAUAAGACUUACUUUCAAAGUAAAUAAUGUUCAAAAUAAAACAUUUCAAGGUUUGGACAUUUCACUGAUUCAAUAAUAAUAUCAUAAAAAUUAUAAUCAAAGUGCAUACUAUUAGUAGUUGGAAUCGAAUGAUCCAUAAAUUCCUUACAUGAAACAAAUAUUCUAGAGAAUAAUAUUCCUAUUUGGAUACGUUCUGUCAAUUACUGCAUAAAUGAUGUGCUUCAAUAAUUUUUUUGUUAAUGAUCUGGUAAAUAAUGUUUAUGAUAACAUAAAAAAAAUACUUUUUGGAGCACUUUACAUUAAUACCAUUUCACAUUGAAUUGUUACAUAUAGAUAAUUCAAUAAAAAUAUUCUCAUGAUUUGCAAUCAUUGGAAACCUUUUCGUUACUUUUGUGAAUAAAACUAAACAAUUAAUUCAUCUCAUUAGCGCCAAUAUGUGUAGUGUUUGAACUGCUAGAGUGCACAAUUGAUCUGAUUACAACAUUUGCCCAUUUAAAACCAUCUUGUCCUAUAAGUUAAUCAAACUCUACACAUAGCAACCAUUUUCCUUUUGUAUAUACUUUAUGCGCGAUUAUAGUGUUUUUAGAUGUUUUUUUUUUGUAAUAAAACGUUGAAAGUA